CUUGCAGUACAGUUACCCUUCUGUGGGGACAAUGUCAUCAACCACUUCACCUGUGAGAUCCUGGCUGUGCUGAAGUUGGCCUGUGCGGACAUCUCCAUCAAUGUGAUCAGCAUGGGGGUGGCCAAUGUGAUCUUCCUGGGGGUCCCAGUUCUGUUCAUCUUUGUCUCCUACAUCUUCAUCCUCACCACCAUCCUGAAGAUCCCUUCAGUUCAGGGGAGGAAAAAGGCCUUCUCCACCUGCUCUGCCCACCUCACUGUGGUGGUCAUCUUCUAUGGAACCAUCCUAUUCAUGUACGGAAAACCCAAAUCCAAGGACCCCCUGGGAACAGACAAGCAGGACCUUUCAGACAAGCUCAUCUCCCUCUUCUAUGGGCUUUUCACUCCAAUGCUCAACCCCAUCAUCUAUAGUCUGAGGAACAAGGAUGUUAAGACUGCCGUGAAGUACCUGGUGGCUCAGAAACGCUUCACCCAGUGA